AUGGCCAAUGGUGGUAACUCGACUAUACCAGGUCCAAACUUCCCUACUCGCAAUGAACCUCGCGUCUGGUUUAUUACCAGUGGAGAUUCUUCCCUGGGCAUAGCUCUAGCAAAGCAAGUGCUUGACCACGGCGACUAUGUGGUGUCCGGUAUCAAUGCUACCGAGUUUGAGAUGGAUGGCGCACGAAGUCACAGCUUCAAGUGCUUUCUGGCUGAAGUUGGCCGUUCUAAUGGCUGGAAGGAUCGACUGAAAAUCGUGGCAUUGGAUAUACGGAUCGUGGGACAGUGUCAAGCAGCCAUCGCCGAAGCAAUUGCCGCGUUUCAGAAAAUCGACAUUCUCUUCUGCUGCACCAGCGAAGCGGUGAUUGGCACGGUGGAGGAGCUGGCCGCCACUCCACGCACCCUGACUAUGGUCCGUGACCAGUUCGAGCGCAAUUUUUUUGGGCCCAUGAACAUGAUCAAAGGUGUCAUCCCCGAAAUGCGCAGCAAGACCAACGGCCACAUCAUUGUCUUGACGGGCAUUACAGGUCAUUUGGGAACGCCAGGUCUUGGGAUGUAUUGUGCAGCUGGCUGGGCACUUGAAGGCUUCUGUGACAGCAUCGCCUACGAAAUCGCGCCCUUCAACAUCAAAUUGACCAUUGUCCAGGCGAGUAUCGAAAUUGGUAUUCUGACCAAUAAAGUCACCUCCGCACCACCAAUGAAGGCAUACUCGAGAGAAGAGGGCAACAAUGCUCCACUGUUUCGAGGCAUUUUAGAUGGCCUUCUCAACAGAUUGCCUGGAAUCCGGGCUGAACACCCUCAGUCACCCAGCGAAGAGAUGCACUCCCCGUCCUCGGAAGCUGAGCGACAGAGUGGGCCAUCAUUAUUGAGUCGAAAUGAGGUGGUUAGCCUGUACCCGCCGUUGAGCCAGGCACAUACAGCAAAGCUCGUGGCAGAAACCGUGCACGCGGUGACCGCUAUUGGUGGGCAUGAGAACCCCCCAGCUCGACAUAUAGUCGGCGUCGAGGGGGUAGCCAGUGUGAAGGAGAAGCUCAAGACGGUCAGCGAAGAGCUCGAAGAAUUUGUGGACACUAGUGUGGCUGCGGACAUUGAGCGUGCUGCUCCAGGCCAUGCGAGAAGUCGCAGUAGCGCCGAUGGUGAUGCAAAGGAUUACGAUGUAUUCGAGGCUGUCGAGCUGCAUCGCACAGGAGGAAUUCCCUAG